AUGAGUUUAUGGAUGAUUCUGACAACAACCCAGAUUAUGUGAAUAAUCCAAAUAACAGUGAAGAUUCUGAAGUUGAUGAGGAAGAAGAGGAACCAGUUGUGAUUGCUAGACCAGGCAAUGAAGAGGAUGGCGAGUGGACUGAUAUUGAUAAGAUACCAGACAUUGAUGUGUUUUGUGGGGAUAGUGGUGUUACUGAUGUGAGUCAGCUUGAUCAACAUAGCACAGUGUUGGAUUUUUUCAACUAUUUUAUAGACAAUGAUUUGCUACAUAAAAUAAAGCAUGAAACAAAUCUGUAUGCACACAACAACAGCUUAGGAAGUUGA